AUGGCGACAGCUCAUUCAAAUUCGACCAAGCACGCCAGGCGACGGAAGAUUGCAGAUCUUAGCGAGGAGCAAAGGGAGCGGAAGCGGAAUACCGAUCGGCAAGCUCAGCAGGCUUUUCGUGAAAGGAUGAAAGUGCAGAUACAGGACCUAGAGGAAGAAGUCGAGUCAAUGCGACGUAACGCCACCGAAAAUGAUCGAGCUUGGAAGGCCGAGAAUGACCGAUUACGCAACCAGGUCCGGCGUCUGAACGCCCAACUUGAACAAGUCAGAGCCAUGGCGAGUCGAGACUACCAGCCAGUGCUUGAUUUAGAUAAUGAUCAUUCAAUGGGCAAUUCAGAGGAUUCGGAACAUCGUGCUCAACCAGAUGAUUCAAGUGCGGGAGCGGGCUCGCCCGACUCGACCAUUGAAGUCCGCACAGGAAAUCCAGAGCCAUUGUCCCAAGGAGAUGACCAGCCGCUCCACCCUGAGUUGGACCUCCAGCCUACUAACGCUGGUCUGGAGGAAGAUUCUUGUGGGAUGACAGCAAUCAAGCCGACAAGCGGAACCAGUGGGAGAGUGCUUAUCGACCAUGGAGCAUCGGAGGUUAUGCCGAACGAUGUGAGGGACAACAUUGUCACAAUUGAUCCAAACUUGCAGAUUGACAAUACAAGCGACAUCCUCCUAGGUGCUUGUCAUGGAACAACACCGGUGGGAUUAAGAGGUCCUAGCCUGCCUCUUACUCCUUGGAUGCUAGAACCCUCAGCUUCUAGCCACAGUAUGUCACCGAGAAGUCCCGGUACCGGAGUGCAUCUACGACGUGAGGUUCAUGAUUUUGUAUGCCAGCAUGAGCGUACAUGUCCAUUCGAUCACAUCUUAGUCAAUCUACUAGAUGCACAACGCUUGUUACUGGCUAAUGGCUCACCUCUUGACGAUGCUGUUGGCCCGUUGCAGGCUGAUGUUGCCGGCUUGUUCUAUCCAGAGAAAGCCUAUCGCAGCCAUCCACUCAGCCGUGUCCUGGUGGAGAUGAUGCAAACCUUUGCACACGUUGAACUACCAGAAAGAGCCGCCUUCAUGUAUAAAAUCCACAAGACAAUGCGUGUAAGUAGAAAUCAGAAUGUCAGCAGAGCUACGCUGAUCAAUACAGUGGCACAUCGCGCCAAGUCGAGAAACAUAUAA